AGCAGCGGCGGCGGCGGCGGCGGCGGGCGCUAGUCGCAUGGCCGCUCGGACUGAGUAACGGUGUUACACGCCGAAAACGGGUUACGUCGACUCCCGAAAAUGGUGUGCGUUUGAAUACGUGAAAUCCCGGUGUACUCUGAGUGUUUCGGGAAGAGUUCGUGAGUGUUUUCGGGAGUGUUUUAUGCGGCUGUGAGUUGGCGUAUUUGGGGGACGAGUUUCUCCACGUUGCGCGCGGGAGUGAGAGUGCGUGCGAGUUUUUUACGGAGUUAGCGGACCACCCGCUGGAUGACAUGAGAUAAUGGGGACGGAACAGUUUAGUUUGAAAUGGAACAACCACACCAACCACCUGGUGGACGUCUUCGGAAACCUGCUCCAGGCCGAAUCUCUGGUGGACGUCACGCUCUUCUGCGAGGGGCAGAGUCUGAAGGCCCACAAGUUGGUACUCUCGGCGUGCUCGCCCUACUUCAAGGCUCUGUUUCAGGACCAUGUGGAAAAACAUCCCAUUGUGAUAUUAAAAGAUGUGAAAUUCUCUCAGCUCCGCUGUAUCGUCGAGUUCAUGUACAAAGGCGAGGUUGAAGUCGAGAAAAACGAACUUGACUCGCUCUUUCUCACCGCCGAGGAGCUGCGGAUUAAAGGUCUGGCCGGCUCCCGCCCCCCAGUCAGCGGCAUUCGUCUGCGGGCACCCACCCCCCACCCCUCAGCCGCCACCGAACCCGCCACGGAUAGAAAACGAAAUCGGAACACGGACCCCUAUGACACCGGGGGAGAGUCGGGAGGGGGGACAGAGGGGGGAGUGUCGCCGGUGGGAGGACCGCCGACGGCGCCGCCCUGCACCAACGGAGAGGAGGGCAGCACUGUGAUAAAGCGACCCAAGUUGGAGCCCGUCGCUGUUGAAGAAAACUCCACUGAUGGCCUAGACACGGGAGCAGCCAGCGGCACUGUCUAUCUCUGCCGGGACUGUGGCUGCAGUUUCCCGUCUCCAACCCAACUCCAAGAACAUCACGCCUCUGCCCACGGAGCCACCAGAGCAUCCACCGCCGCCGCCGCCGCGGGGGAGUCGGGAGUGAUCCGGGUCACGGCACCAAGAGGAAGGGCCGAAGACGCUUCGUCGGCGCCCAUGGCGGUAGCUUCGCACAGCUGGCCGCCUCACGAUGGAAGGGAACGAUCUGGGGGAGCUUGGAAUGAGAAAGAGCGUCCCGCGAGACUACAGACGUAUCUGCGAUCACCUGAUAUGUAUCUGCCGUCUCUAGUUGGGACAGGUCUCGGAGGCGGGCUGCUCGGGAUGAUGCCGCUACUCCGCGGCAGACAUGGUCUGGGUUCUAGUGGCGAAGGGGACGGACGGGGACCGCUGAACCUUUCCGCUGGGGAAGGGACAGGUGGGGAGGCCUCGCCAGGAGCCACCGAGGAGCGGUCUGAACCAUCUACACCAACACCGGUGGAGGAGGGAGGUCCCGUUACUUGCAAGGUGUGUACGAGGGUAUUUGAAACGCCUGCGGCGCUGAAAGAACAUGCCACUGUCCACCAAGGCGAGCGACCGUUCAAAUGUGAGUACUGCGGGAAAGCGUUCAAAUUCCGGCACCAUCUCAAAGAUCACUGUCGAAUCCACACCGGCGAACGACCAUUUGACUGCAAAAUAUGUGGAAAGAGUUUCGCGAGAUCAUCCAUCUUGAAGACGCACACUAAGAUCCACAGACAAGAAGAGAGACGAUUCGAACUGGCCGCUCCAUAUUUGGGAGGUGGUGUGUCCGGUUUGAGUUCUGCGAGCCUGACGGAAGCACCACCAGGUCCGGCUGACAGACCGCCAGGAGGGGAGCGAAGCGACACAGCGGCAGCGGUGGGGGUGGCUAGUUCGCCCCCACCUCUUUCUCCACCAGGAGGAUCACUUGAUCAGGAUCCUCUCGCUAUCAAAAUCGAACCAACUGAGCUGGGCCGCUCCGAUACAGAAGAUUCCAACACGGCACAAUAGAAACACGCACCGCCGAAAGCAACGAAUGUGAUACGCAAGACGACCGUGCUGUCCUCUAUCGCACCGGUACUGAACUGAAGCUUCGGAGAGGGCCGCUAGAUGUCGGGUCGGGCGCUGCUUCCAGGAGGUUGAUUAGACCUCCAGUCUUUCUGUUUUUGUUUUGGUAGCAAAGUGAUGCUUACGGGAAGGGUAUUGGAGAGGAUCAGGGUAUGGCGACGGAAGGCUGUUGAUAGUUUACGGGGUUGACGAUAGGUGGCACUUCAGUCGGUGCGGUCAGAGAGCGGGUCUUUCUAUUUGUAUCUGACGCAUUUGAACUUUUUUUAGUUAAUAGUGUUCACUGUAACGAUAACAUUGCUAAUUUAUUUCACAAAUUUUAGCCUAACUCAAGCAGAAAAUGCAAAGGAUGGCAGAAGCUUGCGUGGAAAGAGAUGUUCUGUUACGAAUUUUUUAAGUAUUUUGUCACAGCAAUAUCAUCUUGUGGGUAGUUAAACCGAAAUUCUCUAAAGACAUUCAGCUCUGUUGAGUUCAUUGCUCGUACAGACGGGUUGCCGCAUGUACAUGAGAAGUGAGUGCAGGUUCUGUGUCAACACAAUCAUUCAUUUGAAGAAAAAAUGGUAGCGAUGGAUACAAAAAGUGGUACAUCUUCAUCAAAGCUAUUCAAUUUAAUGAUCAUCCAAAUAAUUCUAAAUGACCAUAAAAAGUCACAAACGGAUAGUGCGUCGUGAAAUUCCUGCUUGUUUUCUAUAGAGAAAGCGAUAAAUUGAUUCUGGGUCUAUUUUGUACCGAUAAAUCGGUACAAAAUAGGAGACUCCAUAACAAUAAUAAAAGUAACCAUUUAAAAAAAGAAAGUCGUGGGGCUUUCAUACAAUAACACCUAUUCCUCUCCAAGCGUCGAAGACAGAGCAACAUGUUGGCAUUCAUGAAUACGUGAGAAACUGCAGAAACCCCUUUAACAACAUAUUUUUUGCGAUUCAAGUAAAAGUGUGAUUGCUUGUUAAAAGCUCUUAAUUAGAACAACCUUACAGACAAACUCGACUUCUUUUCUGGUUAUUAGCCGUCAAAUGCACUAAACACUAACCAGAAAACGGGGCAUCCCAGUCUGGUUGUAAUCAAUUUUCAUUCUUUUCUAAAUGGUUCUAAAAUCCUUACAGGAUAAAUUAACAUUAUUGAAACAGCAAAUUAAUUUUCAGAAUACGCUGUGAUCUUCACAGUUGGAUUUUAAUGCUUUGGUAUAGAUUUAAAUACAUUUUAAUGAUGGGAUAAAACAUUUAAAUAGAUCGAAGUGAAAUGUUUGAUUUGGGAUGUUUGCCAACGGGAGAGAGCUUUGUGUUAAUUACUGGAGACUGAAGCGGCUAAGAUGAUUCAAAAUAAAAUAAAUACAACUUGAGGAUUACCAUCUCCCCCCGCCCAAAGAACAAGCAAUUCUCAACGCCGGAGAACCUUGGUUUAAAAAGGCAGAAGUAUUAUCAUUCUAAUAGGAAAACAACAGCACUGCAAUUUCUUGGGGUUUAUUGAUAAACAUAUUAGCUCAAACUUCUGAGUAUUGGAAAUUAUGUGUGCGAUUAAAAACAAAUGUAUCGAAUCUCGUAUUAGGUGGGACAAUUUAAGUCUUCCUCAAAAGGCAAAAUAGCCGCGAAACAUGACAAAAUGUAGAAAAAUUUGUAGUAGCGCAACUUGAGUUUCACCUUCAAUUUUGACAUUUCCUAGAAAAUGCACUUUUGCAGUUAUUUGUUACAAAGUUUAAUGCGGUAGGUAAAACAGAAAAAUUGAACAGCGACCACAAAAUCAACGAAAGACAUUGCCAAUUUUAGCUUCAAGUAGUUUUAAAAGCUACAUCGUGCGACAUUUAUGUCAUUGCUACUCUAAUUUAUGUCUCGGCGCUAUAUAAAACCAGACUUUGAAACCCGAAACCACAGUUUGAACGCCAGAAACUACUAUUAUGAAACUCCAGAGCUAUUUCAACUUGUUUCAGCAGUGAGCAUUAGGUUACGUUUCAGAAAAAUAUGUGCGCCUUGACUACAAGGACGGGAAGGAUUCCAUCAAGCCGAUGAAAGUUCUGUAAGUUGCUUGCGAUGGUGAAUGGGACUGAGUAAGUUUCAUAUGACAUCCGAUAAAUAGUUUAUUUUAUUUGUCGGGAAAAAUCCGACCAAAUCCAUAAUUGAGGCUUAAAAAUAUGAAACAGCUUGGCAAUGCUUCGAUAGUUGGUAGGCUCCUGUCGUUUUAGCAUUUCAUCUUUCUUCGUAUCAGUGAAGUUCAUGGUAUUGUGUCCCUUUAUUUUCUUAUCUUGUAAACACAAUUGAUUCUACCCACGAACAUAAUUGAUUCAUUUUAUCUCAAUGCCACCCCGUUUAUUUUCAUUCCCUCUCGGCCCCCCUUUGGUAGCACUGUGUGAUGUUGGCAGCCUGCCAAUUCAGGGAAGAAAUGUGAUAGGAUUGGGAAGAAGGCGGCCAUCUUGGCAAACAGCUGGUCGUGUUUAGAGCAAGCGAGAAGUGCCCCGUUCAAACACUCGCGCGCGCCGACGUUGGAAAGUCUGUGAUAUUUACCGUACUGUGCGACGGUGCUGCCGCCCUGCGGCCGGCGGUGGGACUUGAAGUUGUCGGACUGGCCGGCAGAUGUCUCGCCGAGCGGAUAGGGUUUGUUAUGUUUGGAUGUCAGGUAGGAAUUGGAGUCGUAACAUAGCAGCAGUGUUGACCUUGGAUGGACGGAAACAGACUGAUUCCCAUUAGCCUACCAGACCCAGCGGCGGCGGGCGGUACUCGCAGUUCACUCAAACGCCGACAGGUGGCACGAGUGGCGCCGCCGUCCGCUGAUCCCCCUAGUUUAAGCCAUAGCGAUUAACACAACAGUGAUGUUCGAGUGACUGUGACUAGAAACGUCGCGCCAUGUUCGAACAGAAUCAACCACACACCUGGACUUCAACGACCUUGACCUGGCCUGGGUCAAGGUCACCUGUGACCCAUAGCGGAGUGUUGCGCCGGUUUACCGUACCGUCCGUAUUGUCUCAUUUUUGUAAGACGAUUACAAAAUAACGCGUUACUGACGCAAGAAUAGGGAAUUUUGUAUGUCGCCAGCAUUAUCUGUAUCCAAAAAAUGGCUGUUUUGUGUCCUAAAACCGUUUACUUCUAGACUCAAGUCCGUUACGCGUUGUUUUGUUUUCGUCCAUCUCUGCCAGCGUUCGUUGACCGAGCAGUUUCAGAGUUUUGGCUGUAGAUGUCGCGUCGAUCGCGCCGCUAGGUGGCAGGCCGAGCGCUCGGUAACUGAAGCUGCUUCUGUUGCCCGAAAUAGUGAGAGUAAUGCUUCAAUAAACUGCUCCCUGGAG